GCGCGGAUUAUUCAUGCACGCGGAGCGAAAAAUCAACGCAACUGUGAUUUUACUGCAACUUUAGGACUUUACUUCACUCAUUAUCUGUUGGCCUGUUUAUUGACUCUACGGUAAAACUCAAAAAGUGAAACAUGACCCAGUUUAACAAGGGACCUGCCUACGGAUUAUCCGCGGAGGUGAAAAACAAGAUUGCACAGAAAUAUGACCUACAGAAGGAAGAGGAACUUCGUUUCUGGAUUGAGGAGGUGACCGGUAUGCCGAUCGGAGAUCACUUCCAGAAAGGGCUCAAGGAUGGCGUCAUACUGUGCGAAUUGAUAAACAAGCUUCAGCCUGGAUCUAUAAAGAAAAUAAACCAUUCACAGUUAAACUGGCACAAGUUAGAGAAUCUUGGGAAUUUCAUCAAAGCCAUUCUAGCCUACGGGCUGAAGCCCAAUGACAUCUUUGAAGCCAAUGACCUCUUCGAAAACGGGAACAUGACACAAGUUCAGACCACACUUCUCGCUUUGGCCAGUAUGGCAAAAACCAAAGGCAUGGAAACUAACAUUGACAUUGGUGUAAAAUACGCAGACAAGCAGCAAAGAAAUUUUGAUGAUGAGAAGAUGAAGGCUGGCCAGUGUGUCAUCGGACUUCAGAUGGGUACCAACAAAUGCGCAAGUCAGGCUGGAAUGACGGCCUACGGGACCAGGAGACAUCUUUACGACCCCAAAACACAAACAGAGAAACCCUAUGACCAGACCACAAUCAGCCUGCAAAUGGGCACCAACAAAGGUGCAAGCCAGGCUGGUAUGUCCGCUCCAGGCACCAGAAGGGACAUCUAUGACCAGAAGGCAGCUCUGCAACCAAUGGACAACUCCACCAUUUCUUUGCAAAUGGGAACCAAUAAGGUGGCCUCUCAGAAAGGCAUGAGCGUGUACGGGUUGGGACGGCAGGUUUACGACCCCAAGUAUUGCGCCACUCCAACAGAGCCUAUGAUCCACGCCAAUGGCAGCCAGGGAACAGGCACAAACGGCUCAGAAAUCAGUGAUAGUGACUAUCAGGCGGAAUACCAGGAGGAGGAGUACCAGGGCGAAUACCAUGAUGAAUACAGAGGGCACUAUAACGACCAGGGCAUCGACUACUAGAGAACGCUGCUGCGCUGAUAGUCAAAGCAGUAUUAACACAAUGUAUAUCAACAGAGCAAGUCUUUUGCUAUGCCUUUUGCUUCUCACAUUUACCCUUCCUCUCCCAGCGCAUGUGAUUGGGUAAAACGAUUGUGAGCGGUAAGAUAUCUCAAAUCUGUCUAACCAUGCGGUCACAUUUACUUUUGCUCAGUGAAAUUCAGAGGCAAAAUCCAUUCAUUCCAAUAGCAAGCAGCACAAUUGGGAGUUGUUGAUUUGAAAUAAAAAAAAAUCUGCUUGGUUUUGACAGUGUUUUUGCUACGCUAAUGACAAUGGACCAUUUAUUGCCGUUGAAAUUUUGCUGAAAUAUUGCUCAUGUGACCGCAUGUUGAUAAUAUUAAAUAUAAUUUUUAAAAAUGUUUUUAUGAAGUAAGGAUGGCAAACUGUAAAAAGAAAUGUCUAGUUUUGGAAUGCGAUUCAUCUUUUUAUGCCCUUCUCUUGUUUAUUUUGCCCUCGCAUCUUGGAGCGAAUCGUUCUUAGCUAGUUUUAACGCUAAUUCUCCUUUGGAAAUCUUGCUCCACACCAACGCAUGGCAGACGAAAGCCUUCUAAAGACAUUCCUUCCUAAAUCAUUCCACUUGAAGUCAUUCCAUUUUAGAAUUCCAAAUGUCUGGAAAUGUUACAAGCUACAAAUGUUACCGUUUAAAAGAUUAACUGACUGGACGACCAAAAACAUUCCGCUAUUGCUUCGUUUUUAUUUUGUGCCAUAAUAUUCAGAAAAAAAAAGAUUCCCAUUGUAUUUAUUGCCCUGCUUUUCAUUAUAAACCUUCUGUCAUUUGGUUCUUUUAUGAAUAAAUUUUAUCUUAUAAAGUA